AUGGACAGACACGGGACGGACAGACAGAUACAGGACAGAGAGACACGGGACAGACAGACAGACAUGGGACGGACAGGCACAGGACAAUACAAACAGACACGGGACGGACAGACGCAGGACAGACAGACAUGGGACGGACAGACACGGGACAGACAGACACGGGACAGACAGACAGACACGGGACGGACAGGCACAGGACAGAUAGACAUGGGACAGACAGACACGGGACAGACAGACAGACACGGGACGGACAGGCACAGGACAGGACAGACAGACAUGGGACAGGACAGACAGACAGACACGGGACAGACAGACAUGGGACAGGACAGACAGACACGGACGAGACGGACACGGGACAGGAUGGACAGACACGGGACAGACAGACACGGGACGGGACAGACACAGGACGGGAUGGACAGGGGGAGGACAGGCUCGGGACAGCCUGCAGGGACCCAGGUGGGCUCAGAUCUGUCUCCCCCCCAGGGUGCCCUCCCCGUGGGGGGACCUGGUGCCCGCGCCCCCGCCUGCUGCCCACUCUCUCCUCUGCAAUUACAGGUCAACCGGUGCCACUGUUGA